UUUGCUGAUGCUCUGUUCUGUUCAUGUCUUGAAUAGUUGAAUUAAAUGAUUUAACAAAUUGGGACUGGAACAGUGGCGGAAGAAGGUAUGUAUCUAUCUUUCAUUGUAGCCAUUGAAAUUAGCAAAAUUGUGAUCCAAGUAAGCCAAUUGGUUUAAGCAUGCCUAACUGAAUAGGGUUUACAUAUACAAGCAAUUCCUUCUUAAAGAUUUAGAAAACGAAACUAUGUCUGUAAAUUCAAACAUCAAUGGCUAAAUGGAUACAAUAGUUCAUCAAUUUCAUACAAGUGAAGACAAAGAAAGUUUCUCUAUGAUCAGGACGCAGAGCCCAUUUUCCGGAUUCUUUUUAUUUGCUACCGCUUUAUCUUGAUCUGUUUUGAGGGAUUUGAUUGUGUGUGGAGCUCUGUUUGGUUAGUGGCUAAGUGAAGGAAUAGGAAAAAUCAAAUCUUGAUUAUGGGUUUUGAUUUAAUUCCGAUCAUAUGUACUAGAGGAAGGGAAAAUAAAUUUAUUUGAGGUUUUUAUGUUUGGAUUUGUAAAUUGCAUGCUCUCCUUUCUGUGAUUCUGCAACAUCUACGGCUACAAGUUUCUCUUGCAUGCAUAAAACAGAGCUGUAGAACUCCUUUUACAACUAAAACGAUUCAGAACAUGAUAUACACUGUUCAAAGGUCAUUAAAAACGGGUGUCUGAAAGUUAUGGAAGUUGGCACAUGUUUUAUUAUAUGGAUCAGUAGUUAAAAGUUAGCAAAGCUAUAUGUUGCAGAUGAGAGUUCAUCAACUUGAACAAGGUUUUUCUGGGUUCAUUUUUCUUGAGAUACCCACAAGAUUUUGAAUUGUUGUCUUGAUUUUGCUUCACCUAAUGAAGUGGCCAUAACAGAUCAACUAACAAACAACCUCCAAGUUAAUUCAUUAAGAGUUGUAUCCUGAUGGCUGGAAUAUGGAACAAAACAAAAAAUGGAGAAAUUAUUUGUUCUUUGGUCGUUGAAUGCCUGAUUUGAAUACCAGAAACUAUACCAUAAUACCAUUCCGCAUUCAGGAUUUCUUGAUAAACCCAUUUGUCUCAUCUCAUUUACAAAAGAAAGAUUAAAGACAUUCAAGAUUUCAGUCAAGGUAUGCAGUUUUGUUUUGUAAUUUUGAUUUUGAUUUUUUUUUUUUGGGCUUAUGGUAUAUAACUAUAUAUUAGUGUUGCAUGUUUAUGUUGCAGCGCCUUUGGCAUUCAGGAAUGAGCUUGAUAAAGCUGGAUGGAAGAUUGCGAGGUCACCUUAGAUUUCUUGCUCAUACAUAUAUUUAUUUUGUCUUUUUCGACGAAUUUAGGCGCUUAAUUGAUGUUGAAUUGAGAAUAUGUUAUUGAUAAAGUUGGAUGAUAACAGACUGAUUCAAACUGUUGGCAUACCGGUUCAAGACAAGAAAGGUUUGAUGCGCCUUACAGCAUGUGUCCCAUCAGACGUGAUUUUCUGAGAAGGGGUUCAGCCAUUGACAAAAUUUUCGGGUGCAGGUUUUUGUUUUAGUGUUAGCAUUUGCAUGGUUGGCGUAUUUUGAAUGGAUGAAACCUUGAAGCAGGUAGGAUGCCCGCUGCAUUGCUCCUUUUAUGCCACUGGAAAAGAAGGGUUUUCAAGGAAUGUUAAGAGGCAUGAAAUUGUUGAGCAGGUUUUGGCCAUUGAGGAGAUAUUCAAGCAUAGGGUGACUAAUGUAGUGUUCAUGGGAAUGAGUGAACCAAUGAUCAACCUCAAGUCUGUACUUGAAGCACACCAGUGCUUGAAUAAGCAAAGUAUAUCAGUUGAGCCUGGAGGUCGGUUUGAGCUUAGUGGUGCACCUCUUGAAACUCUGCAUCAAGUUUGUAUGGAAGUUGAUUCACAGCUCUGUCAGGUUAAAGCAGUUGCAGAGAAAAUGGGAAUUGGAUUUCCUGAAAUUGGUGGUCAGCCGAAAUGGAGCAUUCAAGACAUACCUAUGAUGCCCAGGCGAAGAUAUGAGAUUGCUAAUAAUUACACGGCAAAAGUUGGCUCACUUGGACAUGAUCUGAUAUUCAGGACUUGCACAGUACAGCAUGUUUGUUCUUCUAAAAAGCCGCACUAGGGAAAAGUCUUUUCAGAUUGGACAGGAGGUUACAUCUGAAAUCAUUGAUAUGAGUCCAAUUCCAGUUCCUUUAGAGAUAGAAAAAGUUUAUCAGCCGUGCUUCUUCCUUACCAAGAAGCGGUAUGUUGGUUAAUUACAAUUCCAUGUGAAAGCACUGGACAGAUUGAACUUAUUUUUUAUGCUAAAAGCAUUGAGACAGUUCGCAGGGAUAUAUCAAAACAUGUCUGAGGUACAACUGUAUGUGACUGCUUGAUUUAGUUUUACAAAUAUAGAACUUUCAAUCUACUUUACACAUUUAGGAGGAUUAUGUUCCAUAUUUCAGAAUACUGCAAUCUUUGCAUGCAAGUAAAUAGAAAAGCAAAAGAAUAUCCUCCAUCAAGUGAAAAUGUGGCUGACCUAUUUCUUAGCAAAAACAAUGAAUUCAAUAGACUUGACCAAACGUUUUCUCUCUAUUAACAUUUUGUUAACCUCUCAUACUGUGCACUUCUACACACAAUGGGUUUUCAUCUGAGCAAGCAGAACAUGAAUUUGGAUAUUUGGUUUUCAGUUUCCUAUUCCAGGUCUUCAAAAUGCUUUCUUGAUUGUACAUUACAAUAUGGUAAGCUGUUCUAAGCUUUUGCUGCUUUUCUUCAUUCGCCAGAGUUCAAGUAGUACAGCAAGCCAAGAUAACCUUCAAUGGAGAAGCUUCUUAAUCCAUAUGAUAACGAGUACGUAAUAGUACAUGAUUAAUUCUCAAUAGCUUUUCAUCUUCUUUUUUAUUCUCUCUCUCUCUCUCUUUUUCUAAUUUUUCAUUUAAAGACUAUAUGUGUAAUCACUUGCUAGAACAGUGUAAUUUCUGCAUUAAGCGAUUUUAUUUUUCAAUAUCCUCAAGGCUAAUUUGGCA